CCAUCACUAAUUCCUCGUACACCCGUCUCCUUCCAGAUCGAAGUACCAGGCAGAACCGAUGACUUCGGCCCACACCGCGCUACAAUACCUUCGUGACAUGCUUCAGCACAACAUCGACGACCGGAUCUGGGAAGAGAUCGUUGAUGACGUCAACGAGAAAGAGUUAAAAAGUCCCAAGACGGCUCGCCUGGACCUGCUGAGUGGCAAGCCCCCGCUGGAAGCGACGUGCAUGCGUAUCGCCCUUCCUACUAUGGUCUACUCCAAUCGCAAGAGGAGGCGGCUCAAUGCGACUAUGUCUCUCAAAGACAAUGCCGACGACAAGUGCAACUGUGGCAGUUGUCGCCGUGACAGCGGAAGCGAUGCAAGCUAUUCCGCCUCUGGCUCGUCGUGGGGAAAAGGCAACAGCGAUGGCAGUGCCAGUGAUGGCUACGGCUCCAACAACAGCACAGGGUCGCUCCACCAACAACUGCAAGGUUUCGGCCUCACGGAUGGGCAAAACCAGAGCCUCUCAAGAUCACCUCAGAGUGUGGACAAUCGAGCGUCGGUCACAGAGCACGUGCGCAGCGCCGCCAGACUCUACGGCACCUGGGUCUGGGACGAGGAGCAAGAGAGGUCCUACUUGCCCGACGAGGAAGAGGGCAUUGGAUCCGGCCUUCAGCAGACCUCGCCAAUGGCGGCAGACGGUUCUGAGCUGCCGUCUGUGGCAAGCGAGGACCAAGUAGCAGCAGCGCAACGAACGCUGGCAGACUUGACAACAAAGGAGAAAGAAGUCAGAGAUUCUCAAUCAUCGAAGAGUCGACCGUCGACGGUGUGCAACAUAUGCCUGCGAGAUGAUUGCGGCAGACAGUAUCUGUGUAAAGGCGACCUUAGCCGGCAGUAUAUCCUCCAUCGCCUCGCAGCGUCUCCAUGCGGCGCUCUGUGGACGCGGCACGAUCGCCUCGACAGAGCGAGUCAGAUCCUGGCCGCUCUUGGGCACCAAUCCCCAAUCCUUUGCUCGCUCAACAAACUUCGACACCCCCAAAUAGAAGCGGCGGCCUCGGCUCUUGUCUUCUUGGUCUCUUUCGGGCGUGCCGGCUAUUCGGACAAGGAACUAUUCCAGAUCAUACAAGAUUACACCCACCCCUGGGAAUGGGACGAGGCCCGCACUAUGCCCGACCAUCUGCACACAGACGACGACGGGCGACUGCACUCACAGAGGCAGGCUUCAAGUACGACCGAGUCCGACAAAGCGGAGAUGAUGUCCUACAUCACAUUGUUUUCGAUGAGCAGCGACGCCCACCUGGAACUUCGUAGAGCAUGCCUUUACAUUGCCCAAGUCGUAUCCAGCCCGGCUGCCUCUGCCUUUCGACAAGACUUGCCCUUUCACGUCCCUCGUCACGAUUACGUCAACCGCCGAGCGGUCUUGCGCGAAAACAUGUGGGCCGAACGGGGCAAUUCGGGUCUGUUGCUCCUCCAGGAUUUCGCCUCCUGUGACAGUUAUGACGUCCCUGGUCUGCUCUCCCUCCAGCUUUAUUCGUUUACGCUCUUUGCCGACAGCGGCACCUCCACGUCAGGGUCGCAAUACAGCAAGUUUGCACACCAGACGAGAGCCCUGCGGUGGACUGACAUUCUCCGGCUGCUUCUCGGACUAGCGCUCGACAAAGCAUCGCUUACCGCCGACGACAAUGUUAGUCAUCGGCGUACCGUUCCCUUUCUCAUCCCCAUCUGCUAUGGCGACCUGGUCUGGCUCGAUUAUGUCCGCCACACAUUUGGUCGAGGGCACGCGAUCCACUGGGCUCAGGACAGCAUGUGCGGCACAGCAAACGACAUAUUCACGGCAGCAUGUACAGUAGCCGUCUUCCCUUCUCCCGGUCAGUUUGUGUAUACGUCCACCGUCGCCAACCUCACGGAACUAGAUAGCACAGCACUAUUUGGCCGUCUGACGUCUCAUUGUGGGCAAUAUACGUACCGUCGAGAGCAAUGCUGACCCAUGUUCACAACGUGACAAGCUGGUGCAAAGCCGCAAUGCAUGCGUUGGGAGCUCAGACUGUCUUUUCCUACUCUCAGUCAAGCCAGAAGCCCACACAAAGGUCGCCUAUUAACGCCACAACAAGCGACGGUAACCAGGGUGGGCUGCUCGCCGAGCCCGGUCUCAAGGUCCGUAUGUGUCGCUGGCAGGAAGCGUGGGGUUCGAGGGCAUCACCUGCCGUGCGAGGAGGGCGCUUCAAUUGCAGAUCGCCCUCACCUUUUAGGCCUGCACGGGGAAU